GGGAAAUCUCGUCUCUCAUGCUGUUGGUGUAGCGGGUCGUAGUAGGCGGUUGGUUGAACGUUCCUGAGCUAUUUCUGUGAUUGUUCCCCUUUCCUUUUUCCGCCCAGUUUCUUAAUCAAGGGUCCAUCAUGGAUAAGACGAAGAAGAACCUGAGUGGCACUUCUCAUCCCGCGGGGGCGGCAAGAAAAUACAGUAUUUUUGACAAAGAGGCACUGAACCGGUCUUCACAGUUUGGUAAACAUCGAGCAUCAAGCCAUGAUAUCUCAGGCCUUGAACCAGAGGACGACUCUGUCACAGAUUUUACAAGAAAUGAGCUCUUGGCAUUCAAGGCUAGUUUUGCAAGACCAAAAUACGCUAACACAUACAGAAUGGAACCCUACAGAAAAUGUGAGGCUCACGUAGUAAGGAAGAGAGUGGAAGAGAUUUUAAAGAAUAAACUUCAAGAUUUCAAAUACAGUACUAGUAAUGGCUGUCUCAUAUGUACAUCCCUCACAGAAGAUUUAUUAGCAGCUGUGAAGGAACUGAAUUUUGAUCGUUACAAGUACAUAGUUCAAGUAUUUCUUGCAGAAAAGACUGGUCAGUCAAUACAUAUAGCCAGCAGAUGGGUCUGGGAUGUUGCAAGGGACAACUGGGUUCAAGGCCAAUAUGAAUCUGAGAACUAUGUUGUUGUGGCUCUGAUAGUUGCUUGUUAUUAUGAAUAAAUUUUCACAAACAAACAUUGUAAUUCCUGUGGUUCUCUGCAAAGGUAUGCUGUGUUUGCUCAAAUAAAGAUUCUCACCACUCUCAAUCAUGCUAUUUGAAUGAUGUUCAUUUACAAGGCAGGAAAUGUUUCCAACAAACUGUGCACUAAUGGCAUUGUUCACUACUUGCUGCGCUAUUUCAGAGAGGAAUAAUUGAUUCUAUUUCUGCAUAAACAUGUGUUCUAAUUUUCUUCUGCUUACUCCAUACAGUGUUUCAGUGUUGAGGUAUUCCUGUCCUGCCUCACUUACUCAAAUGUGCAUGGUCUUUGUAUGGCCUUGCUAAUAAGUACCCCCUGCACAUGCAAAUAUAUGCAAGUCAUUUGUCAGUGUGUGAAAUCUUGGACUUAGAACUGAGGAUCCAUCAAAAAGAAGUCAUAGUACCAGAAGUACAGAUGUCAAAUAAGGGGAAUGGGGGAGGCCGUAGGGGUCCGGCAGGCUGUGCUGCAGGCCUGGAUGAAACAGGUGAACUUAAAUGUAAACUGCGCAGGGGCUCGCGCAGAGGGUUCAGGGUUUUAUGCUUAAAAAUAAAGAUGCCGCUGGAGGCUUAUGUUUCACUUUGCAGCAUGCCAUCAUCCCAGUUUAUAUGUACCUACAUAAAUUCUCUGGAUGCAUGGACGGAGGGAGGGGACAUUCAUGUUUACUCUUUCAAUGUCUGCUCUGCAUGAAAUACUGUUUUUACUGCUAAACUUUUUUUAAAAAUAAAACUGCUUUUAAAUUA